AUGACCGAAAUGCGAGUAGGACAACCAUACUGGCUGCACAGGCAGAUGUCGAGGCAUAUCCAACAGUCGGACAGCGACGAAAAUAAUAGCAGUGACUCAACGAGCACUGACUCCAAACGCCCUCCAAUACCGCGCCUAUCCCCCAAGUCCCGCUCUUUGUCGGAUGCUGCCACUCACAGUGCCCUGCAGCCUUCAGCAUUACGGGAAUUUCCACUCUCAUCAAAGGAUGACAUAGGCCUUACGAAUAAUAACAAUAACACCACAAACAACACCAACAAUAGUCCUUCAACACCGCAAAAACAACCGCAGCCACGUCUAUCAACCCUCCAUGGCCUUUCUCUUCAACUCCCACGACACGCUACUCCCUCCCUGUCUACAGCAGGUGCAUCACCUAUCAUCAAUCGCGCCCCUCUUUCCCCAAAACUGGACGCUUCGCAUAUUUAUGGCUCACCAGCGUCCGCGAUUCCUCGCCGGUCCCGCGGUCUAGACUUCUCUCGCUCCUGUACAAAUCUACACCACUCAACUCUUGCUGAAUCCUCACCUGACUCCUCACCCAACGUGGGUGGCCGUGGAGUCAAUAUCCCUCAACGACGUGGCGGUAAUUCAUCAGCGUUCGGUUCACCUGGAACAAGCUUUGUCCAGCCUUCUGGCAUGGGAUCCGCAAACCAAACGACAAUGUCCAGCUCAUUAUCAAGCGUGAAUAUGUUAGAAUCAGACACUAGCAGCAGCGAGGAAGACGAUGACGAGCCAAUGAACGGUGAUCGCGACGAGAUGAUGAUCACUUCCACUCCACAAGCGAGUAAAAUGCAUAACGGCGUAUUAUCCAACCCCUUUGGAGGCGCAGUCCCCAGUCCCGGAAACGACUGGAUGGGUACUUAUUCCCCAGCUGCCGCCAGUCUAGCCAGUUUCCAACGAGCACGAUUCCGCAAGUCACGCAACAGUCGUCAUAGCUCCAGCAGUGCAAGUGGGAAUAGUAAUAAGCCUAGUCCGGGACCACUAUCUCCGCCGGUACUCAAGAGCAUAGAGGCGUCUAAUGGAGGGUAUUUCGCUCGUGAAAUGACCAAAAGUGCUCUACAGUCACGUCGGGAGAGUCUGAGUCUUGGUACUGGAGAUCUCCACCUGUCUGAUUUGAGUGAUGAUGAAACUCGUGCACCGCGAGCAGAAAGUCCUGGGGCCAACGCGGAAUCCGGUCCGCGGGGAGUAGUUCGUCGUGCCGUUACUCGACGAGGGAAUUUACUACCUAAACCAAAAACAUUUGCCCGCAUUCGAGCGGCUCUAAUGGAGGAAAGUGCGCCUCUCGACACUGAAGCAAAGAAAGAAGCUGAAGUCAUCCGCCAAGUUCGUGAGAGCGAUCCGACAAGCGAGACAAAAACUCCUAGCUUCCCUCUUGAGAAGCUAGAAGAACUUACCUCCACUACUUCAGUAUCCGAAAACCCAAUUAGAAGUAUUCCCGACACAGCCUUUUCAAAUCAAGCUUCGCUGAAUUCAGGCGGUACAAAGUUCUGGGAGACCUUUGAUGGCCGUUACCGCACACCACCACCCGCAGGUCGUUUAUCGACACAAUCAUCCGUCAUGAGCGAAGACACGAACAUGGAUACACCCGUAUCAAAUAUCGGACGAGAGGGUCGAUGGCGAUCCCCCACCCCACAAACAGUCACAUCAGUCCUCGCAACGGAGAUUCGUCGCAAACGUCGCCGUGACGACGGCUUUGACGCUGAAUCAUUCAAGCGUCGCGCCGUAUCACCCGGAAUGAGUGUCCAGAGCAGUCCUGUCCUGCAACAUGCGCCGUCGUCGACAAAUAACCGAGACGGUAGUAGUCUUAAUAAUGCAUCAUGGAUUAUUCCUUCCAAGACGGCAGCAGCGUUGUUGACGGAACAUACGCAUAGUUCAUCGAGUACUUCGACCCCGACAGGGAUGAAAAGGGUUGGUUUGCAGGGAAUGAAUGAGACGAAUGAUGGAUUCAUGAAUAUGAGUAUUGAGUAG